AUGUGCUUGAUACUCGGCUCGUGCGCCACGGGAGGAGACUCGGAACGAGUGCGACGCGGUCUGAUUUGGUCCCACCGCUGGGUAGCAAAGGACCUCCAAAUAUCAGCGGUAUUCAUGCGCAACUGGGACACCCGUGACGAGACUGGCUCAGACGUGGGAUGCGAGUGGGAGAAGAUUGGGAAGAUAAAGAUUUUUCUCGACAAUAUUGGACCCGGGUAUUCACACCUGCCCUCGACGCCUGGGCAAACGAGAAGGACGCCGAAUCCUGACGUGUUUUGUAACCGCGAGAUCAAGUUUGGUGCUUUGUUUGAAUCGAUCAUUCCCCCGAACGAUGAGAAUACUUGGCUAGCGACAGGCCACUAUGCAAGGAUUGCGUACUACCACGGGAGACCAAGGUUGAUGCGUUCCGAUGAUCCAAACAAAGAUCAAACGUACUACCUAUCAAGUGUCAGAGAAAGCAAACUCAAAAGGACACUCUUCCCCCUAUCCGACCUCACAAAACCUAGAAUUAGAGCCCUGGCUCAAGAGAUGCGGCUCCCAACGGCCGAGAGAGGGGAAAGCAUGGGACUGUGCUUUGUCGCAGAAUAUAUACCUCCCUCCAGCGGCCCUAUACUUCUUUACCCUAGCAUGAAGCAAGUGGGCGAACAUAAAGGGUUGCACACACUUACCAUCGGUCAAAAUGCUCGUAUUCCUGGCCAACCAAAGAAAUUGUUUGUGGCGAAGAAAACUGCGGAAGCUAUUUUGGUUGUCGAUGAUGUGAAUCAUCCUGCUCUAAUGUGCCAAUCCGUUACUCUCGCAAACUGGAAAUGGAUUUCACAGGAUCAGGAUGAGGUUAUGGAGUUAGAUGGUAUGCUUUCGCGUUUCGGACAAUUCUAG